UGAACUGACAUUACAAAAAAUUUAGAAAACUUUCCAGUGUUUCACCGGUUUCGACUGUUUCACCAUAUUUUCAACCAUUUCAACUCUGAUAAAAAUGUAAAUAAAAAAUAAAUUAACAACAAUCCUAAAAUCUUUAAAGUGAAACGUACCAAUGGCUCUAAUGAACAGAAUACCAACGAAUUUCCUAUGGACUCGACUGAGUCAGUCGGCUAAUCACAGCACACAACCAACAUCCAGGCAACUAGAACUGAUGGCGCGAAGUUUGCCGAAGCGACAAGAACUCCAUGGAGUCAAAAGUAUUGUUGUUGUGGCAUCUGGAAAAGGUGGUGUUGGCAAGAGUACAACAUCAGUAAAUCUUGCCGUUACAUUGGCACAGAUGGGGCAGAAAGUUGGUUUACUCGAUUCCGAUGUAUUUGGUCCAUCCGUACCGCUAAUGAUGAACUUAACCGAAACCCCUCUGAUAAAUAAAGACAAUUUAAUGAUUCCACCAAUCAACUAUGGCGUGAAAUGCUUAUCGAUGGGUCUACUGGUCGACAACAGUAAACCAAUUGUAUGGCGCGGACCAUUGGUAAUGUCUGCAUUGCAACGUUUACUCAGAGGCGCUGUUUGGGGACCUCUAGACAUUUUAAUCGUUGACACACCACCCGGAACGGGUGAUAUUCACUUAUCACUUUCACAAAAUGUGCCAGUCACCGGUGCACUACUUAUUAGCACUCCUCAGACAGCAGCGUUGGAAGUAGCUAGUCGUGGUGCCGAAAUGUACAAGACACUCAAAAUUCCACUUAUCGGACUCGUUGAGAAUAUGAGCCAUGCGACAUGUCCGAAUUGUGGUCAUACGGUGGACGUCUUCGAAAGUCAAACGGAGAGAUUUGUUGAAAAACUCAACAUUGAAUUGUUGGAACGGAUACCGAUUGUACGCCGUGUGGCCGAAUGUAGUGAUUCUGGCACACCACUCGUUCUGCUGGAAUCGGAAUCAGAGUACGCAAAAUCGUUUCGAAGACUGGGAGAACGAGUUGUGCAAUUUGUAAACAAGUCAAGUUGAUUAACGGAAAAUAUUUAAUUUACAAGAAAGGAAAACCAAUUUUUCAAAAA